UGUGUUUAACAUAGAGAAAGUGUAUCAGUUAUCAAAGAGUUAAUGAACACUUUAGAAACUGCAGAAGUCUUCAAGGAGAGGCAAAUAGCUUUGCAUCACUGUUUACCUCUAGGUUCAUACCUGCUGAAGCCAGUUCAAAGAAUACUGAAAUACCAUCUACUCUUAAAUAACAUUGUGAAAUACUCAGACAAAGAGAGUGAUGGCUAUCCUGACAUCAAAAAUGCUCUUUCAGUGAUGACAGGAAUAGCUUAUCACAUUAAUGAUAUGAAGAAAAAACAUGAACAUGCUGUGAGAGUUCAGGAGAUUCAGUCAUUGCUGUAUGGCUGGGAGGGUGAGGAUCUUACAACUUUUGGAGAAUUGAUGGCUGAGGGAACAUUCCGCAUGUUUGGAGCCAAAGCUCUACGUCACCUAUUUCUUUUUAAUAAAAUGUUGCUUAUAGCUAAGAAGAAGGAAGAAGGAAUUCUCAUUUACAAAACACACAUCAUGUGCUCAAACUUAAUGUUAAUUGAAAGCAUUCAGGGAGAGCCACUGUGUUUCCAUGUAAUACCCUUUGAUAACCCUCGGCUCCAGUACACUUUCCAGGCUAGAAACAUGGAACAAAAGAGAGAAUGGUGUCUGGAACUCAAGAGAGUUAUCUUGGAGAAUUACAAUGCUGUCAUCCCUUCACAUGCCCGACAGUUAGUCAUGGAAUUGGGUCAAAACAAACAAGAAGAUCCUGUAUCUUUGGAUAAAAGCAGUACUAAAAGACAGCUUUCUGCACCUGAGUAUCUUGAAAAAAGAAAACAAGAAAGGAGAAAGUCUGAAAUCAGUUUGAAUCGAGCAUUUAAACUUAAGAAAGGUGUCAAGAAGAAUGAUACCCUCACCAGCUCAAAAAGUUCAUUGCCAGAAACCAAAAGAGGGAGAAGAUUACGAAGCGCAAGUCAAGAUGUUAUAUCUUUUUACAAAAGUGAAGACAAUAAAAUUAAUUACAAUAACAAUCAAGACAGUUUGGAUAUUCCUGUGACCUCUAGUGGCAGAAGAAACAACAAUGGCAUUAAAAAUCCCUUUCAGAAAGCCAGAAGCCAUGGAGUUCAAGGAUCCGGAUCUCUCUCAUCCAGCAAAGAGUCUUUGUCCCACCUCCGUUUAGGAGGAAGAAUACAGCAAACCAGAUCCUCAUGGAGGACUUGGAGCAGCUUACCCGAGGAGACCACUGAUACUGAGGUGGAAGAUAAUUAUGAGACACUCGAUUUUAGCAGGCUUCUUCAGGUGGGACCACCUUUGCAGACAACUAGGACACAGGAAGAAAUGUUAGAAGACUUGGCAGGAGAAUAUGUUACUUUUGUAUUUGCUCAUGCAUAUGCUUGCAGAGACAUGAGAUCUCUAACUGAACCUGAACAACCUAGAGGUAAUAUCACAGUCCAACCAGUAAGAAGUGACAAGACUGUGGUACCUUCAGUAAAAUCUUCACUGAAAAUACCAAAUGAAGAUGAAUUUGGAGAAACGUUAACAACAGCUACAAACAUAAGAUGCCACAGAGACAACAGCUCUGAGUCUGAUAAUUUAACCAAACUCAGAACUACUCAGUAUCAAAAUAAUGGCACUUUAGAGUAUAGAACAUCAGCUUAUAAUGACAGUCUUCUUGAUUUCUGGGACAAGUUAGGUAGUGUACAAGUCAAGAACAAUUGUAAUAUAGGAACAAGCAGUACAUCAAGUGAGUCCUCUUGGAGAAACAGUUCUGCAGUUCAAAGAGCACAGUCUUUUACUGGAAUAACAAACAUCAAUGUUACAUCUUUACAGCACUCCUCUUCCCUCCAUCAGCCAUCAGAGAUACUUCAGGAAACUUCCUCUCUUCAUGAUGGCAAGGUUUUUCAACCUGGUAAACUUUUACAGCAGGCUGAACUGCCUUCUUUUCCUCAAGUACCUUCUAAAGAUGACUUGAGUCCUACAGCACCAGCUGUAUGGCUCUCACAACAAAAGCAUUUGGCUGAUGUAUACAGUAAGUUUGGAUCACUUCCACGCAGUUUCCAGGUAUCCCAAGAGUAUGAUUCCAAAUCUCCUACAGUCAAAGAAACUGAACUUGCUGAAAGUCAGAGAGCUCGUAGGAGGGUUGCAGAAGGUAGCAGAACUCAGUAUGCUGAUCAUCGUCCAUUUACAAUAGCCUCUGACAAACCUUGUCAAGCAGACUUGAGGGAAGAUCUAGAUGGUUACAUUGAAGAUUCUUCUCAUAUGGGUAAUUUCUCAAAUUUUACUUCAGGUAAUGAGUUGAGCAGCAAGGACAGAGCAAUAACAAGUGUUAUCACACCAGCAAUUAGCAUUGAAAAUGUUUCCAUUCAUCCAACUCACAAAGUUUAUGGACAGCCAAGAACAAGGUAUGCCACUCUUCGAAAUGUGCUAGCCAAUUUUAGUUCAAAAAUAGCAGCACUUAAAUCAGUUUUGGGGUCUCCUUCUAAUGACCAAUCAGAUACAAAUUCUGUUGUCUCAGAGGGUAGUGAUUUCCAACUUCCCUUCAAGCAUGGAUUUUUACAGAGACGAUCUGCUAGUCGAAAUAGUGUUAAAAGUGAAAAAAACCUCAGUCCUCGAGCUGUAUCAGCUAACUUCUUUCAUUCUCUAGCCAAAGCUUACUCAGCAUUGAGGAAACAUAGAUUAAAGAGAGAAUUUGUGCCUAAAAGUUUUCAUAAUGGUAAGGGCUUGACAGAAAAGAAAACAUCUAUUCCAGUGAAUACACAUGGAAGUUCUGUUGUUGGUGCACGUAUAGCAAAACUUCAUGAAUCAGAGUAUUCUGUACCAAAUACUCUGAUGAUUUGUCGCCAAUUACGAGCAGCAAAAGAAUUAGAAUUAAGGCCAGACAGUUUAUUUUCAGAUUCAUCCAACACAACAUCAUCUAGUGAUGGAGACAAAACAUCUGGUGUGGGAGGUAGUGUUGUGACAAGGGUUAGUUGUAGUGAAAAUUCACCUCUUGCCAUAAGGAACAAUGAGGAUGAUUCCACUUCUGAUUCGAGUAAUGACUCUGUUGACAGCUUUUAUGAGAGAACCUUUGAAGCUAUAGAAAAUUCACUAGAAGAUGAAAUGUUUCGAGAUUCAGCUAUUUAUAGUGAUCCUGAAGAAGCAGAUCUCAGUACAGUGGAGUUCUGUUUACCAGGUAAGAAACAAACAAAACAAGUUACUUUAGAUAAAAGAAAACCUUUCAACUACAAGUUUCCUUACUGUUAUUAUGAUCAAAAGUUUUUAGCACAAAAUUCAGACUGUCAUACUUCACAGCCUUUCAAUGGCACUGUUGUUGAGAGGGUAAAGUUUCCAGAGGUGAACAGAAAUUUUCAAACUGAAGAUAUUUCUGGACACCAGACUGAGAUACCAAACAACCACAAAGAACUUUCUAUCAGCUGUUAUCGUAAAGAUCAUGAAGAAAGUGAGACAAGUUCAGAACAUUCAACUUCCACUGUAAAUACUGUUAUGGAAACUUGCUAUGCAACAUCUAUUGAAGAUUUUUCACAGCCAAGACAGGUUAAGGGAUGGGUUAAACACAUUGUUGACAAGUUGCAAGCAGAAAGCAGUGUUUGAUGUAGACUCAUCCUUUAGUUUUAUUCACAUAUAUAACUGUAAAGCAAAUAUCAUUUUUUUUUUACUAUCCCAGUGUGGUGUGCCUUAUUGAAAUGCCAAAAUGUGCAGAAAAAAACCUCACAAGUGUAUAGUCAUGUGUUAUCUGGGAAUUUCUGUUAUGUAAACUACUUAAUGAGAGGAUUAAAGUUUGUUCACAAUAAAUCACAUUUUUACCAUUUGAGUCAUAGUUUAGAAUUGUAAAAACAUAUCUUAGUACUAGCUCCCUUUUUUAUUAAUGUAAAAAACUAAAAUUAUUUUAUCUCUGAGCUUCUAGAUAAACCAAAGUUUAAAAAACAUGCCUGAUCACCACUGCAAAUGAUAGCAUAGAAGUACUACUUUGUGGUAGUGAAGAUUAUAUCUAGUCAGAUAUCUAGCUUAGCAUUUAAGAUGUGUCUGUUUUUCAGACUGGCCUUAUUAAUUAUGAUUUUUCAUUUCAAACAUAUUUUCUUCUUGCUUUCUAAAACUGCAUUAUGUACAAAUCAGUUGGAUUGUAUUGCAUUCAAACACAUUUCAGUAUUUGGACAAUUUCUUUAAUGAAUUUUACAAAUGUAACAGUAACCAAUUUGUGUGAUAAAUACUUUCUUACAAGUGGAGUCUUAACAAGAUAUUAUGCUAAAGAUCAUGAUAAUCUAUAUUAAUUUAUUAGCACAAAAUUACUCUUAAACA